UCAUUCUGCGUGUCUGUCGGUGUGGAUCGCAUUCCUUGCCGGGUCGCUUCGAAGUCCGCUCGCUCUACUCUACGCCUGACAGCAGCCCGAGCGCCUGUCUCAAUUCACCGCGCCUUAUUGCCAAGUCGAUCGGUCUCGUCCUCAAGAAUCCCCGGUCAUUUUCGUAGCGGCGUUCAGUGAUGGCAUCUCGACCGUGGUCCGUGAUCCUGAUCUGCGCCUGCGCGGCAUUUGCGGCUGCGUCUGCGGCGGAGCUGCAGUUCGAGGUCGACGAAAGAACAAUGCAGCACGACAUUCUGUUCCGUCAGCAGCCGAAUCAGAGGAAUGGCGUUGGCGGGCCGUGCCGCAACAGCAACCACUGUCAGCCACAGCUGUGCUGCCUCCUGGCUAGGGACCACACACGCACGUGCCAGCCCAUGUCCAAGAUCGGGCAAAAGUGCACCAACGGCCAAGUGAAGGGCGGCGCCUACCCGGACCACUGCCCCUGUCUAGAAGGCCUUUGCUCACUGACGCGGGAUCGGCUUCACAACUUCGGCGACAACGGAGUAUGCGUACCACCAAACCAGGGUCAACGUCCCGUGGCGUCAGGAUUCCAGCAGAGGCCACAGUUUCCCAGGCCCUAGCGGAGCGCAGCCGCUGGAAGCGUCCAAUGCUGAUUGGACGGUCUCCGAAGAGGCUUCUUGUAACACUGUAUUCAGUUGCAUUUUUGUACCGCAAGCUCCAGCGAACAAUAGGAAUGUCUACCAUAUGUCAGCUUGAUGGUGUCCCCCUGCACUCACAAACAAUUACUUACGAACGGUACUUAGGUAACGACAUCUUUUCUUAGUGUUCGUUUUUUCGCCGCGAAGUAAUACACUGGGAACACAGACUUUAAAGAUGCAUUAAACACAAAGAUAAGUUGAGCUGUUUAGUAAGUUAUGCUUCAACAAUGCCACAGAAGCGACUUGCCGAGAGAAGAGUCUUCUUCAGCCAGAAAGGACGCAAACCGCGGAAUACGAGUGGCGACGCCCCGUGCAUGUUCGCGAACCAGUUCGUCGUGACGUCAUGAAUUUUGAUGACGUUUGCUCGGGCUCAGUUUUCCUUUAUUGGUAAAACACAGAACACGCCGUAUUUCAAGGAAGCCACAGACUGACCUGAGGAACUAUUGAACACAGGUUUAAUGGCGCCGCAACGGGCCAGACGUAUGGGAGAAUGCAUUGAAGUUUGUGACGUCACGGUGAUGUUGCGGGAGAAGGGCUUUGGCGGGAACUUCAAAAGCUGGAAAGUCUGGCCUUCAAUUUCUCUUUUAGCUAUCCGCCUCUCACCGCGCAAUAACAACAAUGAAAUUUUGAAGAAAAAACUUUACCAAUGUAAACUAAUUCUGUGUUUGGUUUCAUUGUUUCUUUAAGAUAGCAGGCUUGACGGAUGUUAGAUAGGGCAUACACAUACAUGCACAUAAGGAUACAAUGGGUAAACUUAGCUAAUUUAUGGGCAAUUGCGUUCAUAUUUUUUUCAUAGCAAGGCAUAUGAAUGGAGUGGAGGCAAUGGCGACAAAAAAUCAUUCUUUUUGAGUGGCUGCACAAGGUCAUAAAUUUCUCCUCGUAUGACCAUAGCCUCAUUCAUUACUGUGGUAGCGUCGCAUCACUGGGAUGCGACGCUGUGGAUAAAAGCUGUGGAAUUCGGCCACCCUUAUGAGUUUUCGGAUGUGAUAAAAAAAAAGAGGCAGGGGGGGGGGUGAGUUGCUGCUAUGUCUUUUCAAUUUCGUGCGCGUCUUGUGAAGGCCAGACUUUUGAAGAAUGAAAAGUGGAAGUCACAGGACUAUUCGAACAUUAAUAAACAUCAUCUUCCAAAGUCUACACGGCGGCAGUACGCCUGGCCAUCACGAAUGAAUUGCAAUAAAUUGACAGUUGCGUCUCUCCCCGAGCAGUUUCUAGACACCGUCUCCAUCUGUACGAAGUCGGAAAACGCCACGCACACACACGCAUAAACACAGACAUUUGAAGAGCACACGGCAUUCAGAGUCGCUUCAUUGCUUUAGUUUUUCAUUCUACGAUAGAAAUCUUGCAGAAUGAUAACUUUCGCAGUGUUUGCCGUCCGCCAUGCAUCAAUAAAUAAUUUGUUUUCGUUUCUA